GCGGCCGGCGGCCCCGGGAAGAGGAGUCCACUCGGGCUGCGGGACAGCGGCGGCUGGCGUGCGCCGCGCGGGGCAUGGGCUGCCCCGGCACCUAGUGCCCCGCCGCGGGAAGGGCCCGGCCGCCCCGGCUCCGGCUCCGGCUCCGGCUGCCAUCGGGCUCCGGCUCCGGCUCCCGCUCCGCCUCCCGUUCCCGUCCGGCUCUCGCUCUGGUCCAGCCCCGGCUCUCGCUCCAGCCCCCUCCCCGGCUCCCGCUCCGCCUCCCCAGCUCCCGCCCCAGCUCCCGCUCCAGCCUCGGCUCCGGCCCCAGCUCCGGCUCCAGCCCCCGCCCCUCUCUCCGGCUCCCGCUCCCGCUCCCGCCUCCUCCCCCUUUCUCGCACCCCUCCCCAGCUCCAGCUCCAGCCCCCGGCUCCCGCCCCCUCCCCGGCUCCAGCCACCGGCCCAGCCCCCGCACCCUCCGCAGCUCCAGCUCCCGCCCCCUCCCCAGCUCCAGCUCCCGCUCCCGCCCCCGGCUCCCGCCCCCAGCUCCCGGCCCCCCGCCCGAGCGCGGCGCCCCCGAGCCUCUCCGGAAGCCUCCGCCGCGGCGGGCACACCCCGAGCGGCCGCGCCCGCGACCAUGAGCCGGGAGGGCCCCCGCAGCGCCCUGCCCACCAUCCCCUGCCGCAAGCUCGCCGACCUGCGCUACCUGAGCCGCGGCGCGUCGGGCACCGUGUCGUCCGCCCGCCACGCGGACUGGCGCGUGCAGGUGGCCGUGAAGCAGCUGCACAUCCACAGCGCGCUGCGCGACAGUGAAAGAAAUGAUGUUUUAAGAGAAGCUGAAAUUUUACACAAAGCUAGAUUUAGUUACAUUCUUCCAAUUUUGGGAAUUUGCAAUGAGCCUGAAUUUUUGGGAAUAGUUACGGAAUACAUGCCAAAUGGAUCAUUAAAUGAACUCCUACACAGGAAAACAGAAUAUCCUGAUGUUGCUUGGCCACUGAGAUUUCGUAUCCUGCAUGAAAUUGCACUAGGGGUAAACUAUCUGCACAAUAUGAAUCCUCCUCUACUACAUCAUGACUUGAAGACUCAAAAUAUCUUAUUGGAUAAUGAAUUCCAUGUUAAGAUUGCAGAUUUUGGUUUAUCAAAAUGGCGUAUGAUGUCCCUCUCACAAUCACGAACUAGUAAAUCUUCACCAGAAGGAGGGACAAUUAUCUAUAUGCCACCUGAGAACUAUGAACCUGGACAAAAAUCAAGGGCCAGUGUCAAGCAUGAUAUAUAUAGCUAUGCAGUGAUCACAUGGGAAGUCUUAUCCAGAAAACAGCCUUUUGAAGAAGUCACCAAUCCUUUGCAGAUCAUGUAUAGUGUAUCACAAGGACAUCGACCAAACACUAAUGAAGAAAGUUUGCCACUUGAUAUACCUCAUCGAGCACUUAUGAUCUCUCUAAUAGAAAGUGGAUGGGCACAAAAUCCAGAUGAAAGACCAUCUUUCUUAAAAUGUUUAAUACAACUUGAACCAGUUCUCAGGACAUUUGAAGAGAUAACUUUUCUUGAAGCUGUUAUUCAACUAAAGAAAACAAAGUUACAGAGUGCUUCGAGCACUCUUCACUUAUGUGACAAGAAGGAAAUGGAGUCUUCUCUGAACAUACCUGUUACUCAUGGACCACAGGAGGAAUCGUGUGGAUCCUCUCAGCCCCAUGAAAAUAGUGUUUCUACUGGAGCCUCAGAAUCCCUGUCAGCUCCUCAAGAUAAUAAUUUUUUAUCUAGAAAAACUCAAGACUUUUCUCCGGUGUGUCACUAUCCGGUAAAUCACAGUUGCAAUAGUAACAUCUCUGCAGCUCAGAAGUGGACAUUUUGUGAUCACAAGACCACCCCAUGCGCGUUAACAGUAAUAAAUCCAUUCUCAGCUGAGGGAAACACAGAGCGAUUACAGCCUGGCAUAGCCCAGCAGUGGAUCCAGAGUAAAAGGGAAGACAUUGUGAGCCAGAUGACAGAAGCCUGCCUUAACCAGUCACUAGAUGCUCUCCUGUCCAGGGACUUGAUCAUGAAGGAGGACUAUGAACUCGUUAGUACUAAACCUACAAGGACCUCAAAAGUCAGACAGUUACUGGACACCAGUGACAUCCAAGGAGAAGAAUUUGCCAGAAUUAUAGUACAAAAGUUGAAAGAUAACAAGCAAAUGGGUCUUCAGCCUUACCCGGAAAUACUUGUGGUUUCUCGAUCACAACCUUUAAAUUCAUUUCAAAAUAAAAACUUAUAAGUGACUCUUUUUCAAGAAGAAAAGUCUUUCUAUAAGAGGUUAUUUUAUAUUUCUGUUGCCUUUAUCAUAUCGUUUUUAUAAAAUCCACAUGAAUAUUAGAAGUUUUAAUUGAAGUUUCUUCUUCAGGUAAAUAUUAGUCUUCUUCCAUAACAUUAUAGUAUGUUUUUAAAUUAAUAUAUUGGAAAGUUUGUGUUUUGCUACAUAGUUCCAUUGUUUUGUCUCCUUGGUUAAUUGAAAUUAUUUUUUAAAUGUAAUAGUUCUCAUAUAUCACAAUGCCUUGAGGUGUCAUGCAUUGCUCAUGGAAGCCAUUUUCAUAUUCACUUUCCUUGUGGAUGAUUUAUUACUUGUCAAAGAUACAGUUUGGCUUUUGGAACUUUAACCUUUAUACUCAAAUUAGAGUUAGUGCACCAUUUCUAACUUAGAGUGCCAGGUUCAAAUCCUCUCCAAAAGGUUAUGCAUUAAACUUUGUUAUCCAGAUUACA